AUGUUCCGCCAAGUCUACAUGUUUGCCAAGGAUCGCAGAUUCCAAUACAUUCUUUGGAGAACGUCGCCAUCGCAACCAUUGAGCACCUUCGAAUUGAAUACUGUAACUUAUGGCACAGCGGCUGCACCGUAUAUAGCCAUACGCAGUUUGUCGUAUCUAGCCGACAAAUUCAUGGACAAAUUGGAGAUUGGAGCUAAAGCCAUCAAAUCGUCUUUCUAUGUGGAUGACUUCCUAGGUGGAGCGGAUACGGUAGAGGAGCUACAUCAAAUCAAAAGGGAAGUUACAGCGAUUCUACAGGAUGGCCAAUUAGAACUCGCAAAAUGGCAUUCAAAUCACUGCAAGUUUGUCGAUGUCGCUACAGUCAAACAUUUGCAGUUGGACGACGAAAUGCUAACCAGCACGCUUGGCCUAAAAUGGGACCAAGUAGGGGACACAUUCAUGUUCUCGUUCUCGCCAAGAUUCGAUUCGGACCACGUCACCAAGCGCUCGAUUUUGUCCAUAGUCUCUUCGCUGUUUGAUCCGUUGGGAUUAGUUACUCCCAUCAUCAUAGUGGCAAAAAUUAUCCUCCAGGAGCUGUGGCUCCUAAAACUAUUUUGGGACGAGUCAGUACCCCAAGGCAUUCAUACAGCUUGGAUGUCCCUGCUUGCAUCGCUUUCGUCGUUGGAGUCUGUAGCAAUACCACGAUAUUGCCUCCAAUCAAUGAUACAUACCUUUCAAAUACACGGCUUUUGUGACGCCUCCAUUCGAGCGUAUGGAUGCUGCAUCUACGCCCGCACAAUCGGAUCAGAUGGGCUGACCAAGGUGCAGCUAAUCACAUCGAAGUCCAGAGUUGCUCCCACCAAGAAGCUAUCUCUGCCGAAAUUAGAACUGUGUGGAGCACAUUUGUUAGCACAGCUCUACAAAAAAAUCAUUAGAAUCCUCGCUGACAGAAAGCCGACUUCGUUCUUAUGGUGCGAAUCUCAAAUUGUUCUACAUUGGAAUCGCCAACACUCGGCCACCUUAUCAACCUUUGUCGGCAAUCGAAUUGCCGAAAUUCAAGAACUCACGUCAGAUUGCCACUGGAGACAUGUUCCUACUCACUGCAACCCGGCUGAUAUCUUGUCCAGGGGCUGCACUAUCACCAAGUUGGAACAAUCGAUAUGGUUCGAGGGACCUGAGUUCCUAGGCCAAGAUCAUCAACAUUGGCCAAAGGACAGUCGAGACAACAGUGACAUUGAUAUGGAAACUGUCCAACUGGAGAAGAGAAAAUCAGCCUUUGGCGUACACACGACUAGUAAUCAACUGCUUGAAGGAAUCUACAAGAUCAGUUCGCAUCAUCGCUGCCUACUAGUUAUCGCUUGGAUGUACAGAUUUACUCAGCGCUGCCGUAAACAAACGCCAUUCCAAUCACCGUCGCCGACGCCAGCAGAACUGAUGCGGGCGCUACAUUGCAUCGUCUGGAAUAUUCAAACUAUUCACUUCGCUCAAGGGAUGUCCUCGGUGCUGAAGGGCCAUCCGAUUCGCACUAACCUUAAAAAUCUUAGUCUCUACCUCCAGGUUACAGAUGGCUUCCAAAUGCUAAAGGUCGGAGGGCGCCUGGAGCUAGCAGACUACCCAGGAACCAUCCUGUGCUGCUCCCAGCUAAGGAUCCAUUUGUGUCACAGUUCGCUCGACAUCUUCAUCUACAGAACUAUCACGCCGGUCCACGGACGCUCUUCGCUCGUUAGAAAACAGUUCUGA